AUGGCUUUACCAGAGAGGCCUGGUCCAUGCGCCGAGGUGCACGCUCGAGACGCAAAGUCUCCUACGGGUGUCAAACCAGCCAAGCCGGGGGCAUUAGAAUCCUCUUGUUUAUGUCAUUUAGGGUUACAUCUUCUACUCGACCACCGGGUUUCACCAAUCCAAAUGGGUAGACCACUCUUGUGA